GCUUCCCGUAAAGCGUACGUAUUCGAUUGUAAAUUGCAAUUGACUAACUCGGCGGUAGAUGGCGAAAGUCACCGAUGUUGGGUUUUAAAUCACCAUUAAUACCGAGGAGAAGAAGAAGGGUCAGCUGCGUACUAGUAAUACACAGUUAUAGGAAGUCUCAGGAGGAUGGAAACUUGUAUUUCAAGAACUGUACACCCAAAGUAUUUUGUGCCUUUUAUCAAAUUAGAUGGAAACCAGCUCAAUGCCCAAUUUCCCCUCCGUAACUAAUUAAACGGUAAAGUUUAUAGGGACCUGGAGCUACUAUUGUGCUAGCGUUAACUCAGCUAGGUAUCUGCUAAGUGGCUAACAUCAGCAAGCAUGGCCUUGGCUGAGGUCAACUUGCAAGAAAUGAAUGAGGUGGUGAUAGUGACAAUGUCUGAUGAAACUGUUGAGGGCCUCUCUGUGGUGGAGGAGGAUAAAACAGUGAUGGUAACCACCCAGCUCAUCGAUCAGCCAGGAGCUCAGGUCCUCACAGUCACUCAAGUGGAAACCGAUGAUACGAGUAAAUCAGAUCCCUUGUCCAAUGAAGAAGCAGUCAUCGUGAAGCUAACAGAGGAAGUGGAUGCGGAGUCUGAUGUAUUCUACCCCAUCACGUGUGGAGAUGCCACAGGCACGUUGGUGUGGAAGAAGUUUGUCUGCCCUGGGAUCAAUGUGAAGUGUGUCCAGUUUAAUGAUCAGCUCAUCAGCCCAAAAGAGUUUGUCUGCCUUGCGGGCAAGUCGACACUGAAGGACUGGAAAAGAGCUAUCCGACUCAAUGGCACCAUGCUCAGGAAGAUCAUGGAUUCCGGCGAGCUGGAAUUCUACCAUCACGCAAAAGUCUGCUCCAACACCUGCCGCAGCACCAAAAUUGACCUGUUGGGAACCAAAUUGGCCGCCAGCUCAGACCAGUCUGCCGACCUGGCUGCUGCCACCUCCUCCACUCCUAACUUGAAUGGAAACUCCCGCCCAGAGGGGUCAGAGGGACCUUCGGAGGAGGUCACAGCCGUUGGAGAGGAUGCCGUGUCAUUCUGGCGUGCGCUGAAGGACGCAGGGCUGCUGGAGGAGGUGAUUGAGGACUUCCAGAAGGAGCUCCAAGAGGUCCUAAAGGGGCUGCAUGAAAGAGUGUGUGAACCAUCACUGCAGGUCAAAGAUGCCGCUUUGCUCGACAGCAUCGUGCACAGCUUUGGAAUGCUGGAUCUGGUCAAGAAGGUUCUGAGCAGUCAUAAGAGCCAAAUGGACCAUUACAGAGAACAGUACACCAGCAGCCUCGUUGCUCUGGAGCAACAGUGUGAUGAGCACAGAAAACGAGCCAAGGAGCUGAAGAGCAAAUCUCAGCACCUCAACAACGUCCUGAUGAACCUCAGCCCUGGAUCCGCAGCCCCGGCGCCCAAGCGCUCCCGAAUGAGCCGCGCCGCCUCCAGCCCAGCGUCCGCCAUCCCCGCGCCCGCACAAGUCGCCCUGCCUCUCAGCCAAUUAAGUGCCGUAUCGCUCGGUAAGCUGCUAACUGUGGCGGGAGCUCCGGCAGCCUCCAACCUGAGCGGCUACACUCUGCUGACCUCGCCGCUCAACGGCUCGGAGCUGACGGCCGACGCUUCCAACCUGACGGUGCUCUCCGCCGUGGCGGGUCAGGAGGGGGCGUCCUCCGAGAGCGGCGGCAUCGUCUCGUCGACCUUUGUCAAAAUGGUCAGUCCUCAGUUCCAGUUGGUGACACUCCCGGCCACGUUGCAGGGCCUGGCCAGCUCACAAAACACUUGCAUCACGCAGCCGUUCGGCACCAUUACUGUGGUGGACGCCACGGCAACAACCGCAGACAUUUUCCUACAGGGAGUUGAAGCUGGUGAAAAUGAAGAAGGUCAGCACAAUGAGGUGAGAGGGGAUGACAUGCAGCAGCUGGUGGAGCAGCAAUGAUGGCAAAUUAGCAUUUAGUUUGUUCAGGGACACAUUGUUUUCCAUUUAGUUUGUUUGAAAUGAGAACAUUUAUGUUUGAGAAUCAUUUUUGUUUCAAAGACCAUAGCAGUAUUCUCACCCAUUUAGAGCAGUUAAUAUGGUAGCCGGUGAACCCAAUCAUAUUUAUAAAAACUAUAUAUAUAUAUAUAUAUAUAUAUAUAAAUAAAACUCUGUUGUAUUAAAAACUCAGGUUUUUCCACUUAGGUCAUAGCAGUAGAAGUAUUGCCUUGCCAUCAUCUUGAUGCCCAAGAAUUAUGUUGAAAUGAGCCGAGGAGCUUAAUUUGGACAAAAGUAGUGCUUUUAAAUCAUCUACUGGCAUCCAUAAACACAAUUAUUUUUCAAAGGGUGUCAGUUCCUCAGAUUUUCAGUAUUUGCGGCAGGGCUAAUUUUUGGCGACAUUGAGAGUAGGAAUGCAAAAAAAGUGCCUCAACCAAAGAUACAUUGUACAAAACUGAGAAAAAGACAUGAACACCCUGUGGAUGUCCUACAGGUGUUUAAUCGGUUGUUUUCUCUUUGCUGAUUUAUUUAUAUGGCAGUGUGUUGCAACACAGACGACCACCAAAAUGUUACAAAUACCUCACUUUUUGAUUAGUAGUCUGAAUUGCUCAUUAGAAUAUGUUGCAAAUAUCACUUUUCGGUCAACAGGAAAGAUUUGAUUUGAAUAUUUUAAUUUAUGUAAUAAAUGAUUUAGCGAA